GAAAGGCGUAGAUUUCCACAGAAAUCGGCGAAUCCUUAAAUUUGAGUUCAUUGCGCCUAAUUUUUGAGUCUUAAGUGAACUCUUAUUCCUGAACAGCAUGGCGAACUCUCCCAAGAUGGGUCAAUGGCUUGAAACCUUUCUUGUUGGUCGACCAGAACUUCAAGGACACUUGCUGUAAUCCGAUAAAAUUAGACAAUGUCUCCUUAUCUUUCAGUCCUCAUGACUGUUCGCCUUCAGUGGAUAAUCAAACCCCUUUGAGGCGUGAUGUCUCUGAUGAGGCAAGAGAAACAUUUAUUCCAACUUUCUUCAGAAACGGUGAAGACAUAAAUGAUUUAUGAACUCUUCAGUUCAAUAUGAAUCCGACCAUCAAAUGACCCACCGAAAGUCCCUGAACGAUUGGAGAUAAGAUGCCGGCGAAAGCAAAACCCAUAUGGCACUGCUUAUCUGCAAAGCGUAAACGGCCAUUGAGGCGAUUCCGGAUCGAUCUAUAAGAAGCGCUGCAUGCGCUGUGCAAACUGACAGUGAACGACAGUGCAACGCAGUCUGAAGAUCUCAAUCACAAUGAAAUCGUUGGUAGCUGCAGUAAUUAUUUUCUUCACCAAUGUCCUCUUCGCUUGUGCAUUGCACGCCAAUUCCUUCGAUGUGACCAGAGGCUGUAAACAGCAUGGCAAUGUGAAGAAUUACAAUGAGCCACUUGAUUACAUUCCAACGAAGAAUCUGCUACACGUAGGCCAUACCAACAGCUCCACCGUCUUUAAAAUCGGUAUACUAGGACGUUAUGAUGGAAUCAUCCGGUUCGGUGCAUCUUUGUAUCCAUACAAAAGUAAUGUGAUUGAGAUAGUUAUUGGAGGACACGGAAACACAAGAAGCCUUGGCCGACGACAGUACCGAGCAGUAGCAAAUGUACAUUCGAACCAUAUGCUAGCUGAAGCAUUCACUCCGGACCUGCUGUCUUCCGAUCGUCCCACAAUGUUUCGGGUAGAACUGUUUAAGGAGGGACCGAUUCAAGUGAGCAUCGAUGGACAGGAUCACCCGUUUCUAUCGUUUAAAGAUAGUACGAACAUUCCCUUCAACUACUUGGCCUUUACCAAAUGGAAGACUGACGUACUGGUCUUCUACGAUUGUCCGCUAGAGACAAGCAAUUCAGUAUGUUAAAAAAGGAGGAAAAAGCGCUCUUUAGAUAAGUAAAAUAUAGAUUAAAAAUGUAUAAAAUGCCUUUAAAAUAUAUAAAAUAUUUAACAUGAAUUUAAAACAUUACAAAAAAGAGAAAAAUAAGAGAGCCGUAGUCGUCACCUAAGGAAUAUUUUACUAAUGUGUUGAAACAUCGGUCCGGUGACCGAGGCGAUAACGG